CGCCUGCGCGGGCGCAGGCCUGCCUCAAGGCGGAGAAUGCGCGCGCAGCGCCUUCCUCCCCGGCGGAAGUUUUCGGGGGGCCACUGAAAAGCAUGAACACCUUCUGUCCGGACUGUGGCAAAAAUAUCCAAACAGCGUUCAGAUUCUGCCCUUACUGCGGAAAGUCUUUGUCGACGGAGGAGCCUGAGGGGUCCCAGACCUCUGUCAGACCGCUUUCGUCAUCCUUCCGAGGCUCCAGGAGAAAGAACUCCAGCUAUGAAUCCUCUCCCAAGAGAGUGAAGUGGUCCAGCUGUAGCACGUCUUCCUCAUCUGUCUUGUCAAACUGCAAGAGUUCUGGGUCUCAAGAUACCUUGAGUCCCAAAGGUAUUAAUACCUUGAAGCCCAAAGGGGGCAGUCCUCUAACCCCCAAAAGCAGCCCGCAGAUGAAGAAGAAAAGCCCUCAGACACUGAAGCGGAGGCGUAUGACCAUCUCCCUUGAGGCUUUGCCCACGGGGACAGUGCUGAUGGACAAGAAUGGACGACACUGGAAGCUGGGAUCCCUGCAGACCAGAGACGACCAGGGCAUUUUCUAUGAAGCUGAGUCUGUCUCCGCCUCCGAUUCGAGUGCCCAGAAACAAAGAUUCACGCUGAAACUAGAUGCCAAGGAUGGGCGCUUGUUCAAUGAGCAGAACUUCUUCCUGCGGGCCGCCAAGCUUUCGCAAGUGAACAAGUGGAAGAAGCUGUCCUCAACCCCCUUACUGGCCAUCCCCACCUGUGUUGGUUUUGGCAUUCACCAGGACAGGUACAGGUUCUUGGUGCUCCCCAUGCUGGGGAGGAGCCUCCAGUCGGUGCUGGAUGACAACCCGAAGCACACGAUGCCCACGCAGUGCGUGUUCCAGGUGGCCUGCCGGCUGCUGGAUGCCCUGGAGUUCCUCCAUGAGAAUGAGUAUGUUCAUGGAAAUGUGACAGCUAAGAACAUCUUUGUGAAUCCACAGAACCCGAGCCAGGUGACCCUGGCAGGCUAUGCCUUUGCCUUCCGCUACUCCCCAGGCGGCGAGCACGUGGCCUACAAGGAAGGCAGCCGGAGCCCACAUGAGGGGGACCUGGAGUUCAUUAGCAUGGACCUGCACAAGGGAUGCGGGCCCUCCCGCCGCAGCGACCUCCAGGCCCUGGGUUACUGUUUGCUGAAGUGGCUCUACGGAAACCUGCCAUGGACAAAAUCCCUUCCCAACAUCGAGGAUGUCAUGAAGCUGAAACAGAGGUUCCUUAAUACCCCGGAGGCCCUCGUGGGACACUGCAGUCACUGGGUGCAGCCCUCAGAGACGCUGCGAGAGUACCUGAAGGUGGUGAUGGCCCUCAGGUACGAGGAGAAGCCCCCCUACGACUCGCUGAGGAGCGGCCUGCGCUCGCUGCUGCAGGAUCUGCUGGUGUCGGCCUAUGACCCCAUCAACCUCCGGAUGGCGCCCUAGGUGGGUUCCGGUGAGCAGAGCCUGGGGGCCUCCACCCCCACCCCACCCCCCACCCAGCCCCGAGUCC